AUGAAAAAAAGAAAAGUUUUAAUUGAGAAGAAUUCUGGACAUAAAGAAUCGUUUGCACGUCCGAGCGUGACGAGUUUACGAUCUACCAGUGCUAAACAUCAAAGACGCUCGCGAUCUGUAAAAUCGCCAUCCGUACAAAAUUUGCACAAUUCAAAUUCAUCGGACAAGUUUACAAAAUCGAAAGAUCGAAUGGUAUUACCGGACGAGAUGCAGCCUCCGAAAACCAGAUUCAAUUCCCGCAAUAGAUCGAAAGAGGCACGUUCGAUUUCCUCGCCAAGGCUCAAGACUUUCCCUGCUGAAGAGAUUAAGAAAAUGGACAAUCCACCAAUGUUCACGCCCGAGCCUAUCGCCGCUUUAAUCGUGCAGCAAGAUCCUCAAGAAACCGGAACUUUUUACACAAAUUCCUCUGCUAGAAAUAAUAAUGGACGCGGUGACGCUAUUUCUGGGCAAUUGUCGCCGCAUCAACAAUUAAAAUCGCAAAACAUAUCCAGCACAAGUCAGCAACAGGUUGCUGCUAACCAUCAGGAGAUUUGUCAAACAAAUCCACACUCUGAAAGCAUGCUGACUCGACGAAUCGCGUCUCCCGAAAGACAAGCGCACCGUCCGUUCGUACCAAAUAUCCUCCAAGGAGCAGUUAUCCACAAUCGAUCACUUCAAAGCUCGCCCGCGAUAAUUAAUCAGCCGGUUAGACAAAUCCAUUCAACACAAGUUGCGAUGCCGCAAACGCAAGGACAAUUAUUCUUGAACGAUUCGCGCGCGGUUAUUAAUCAAAAUCCCAAUAAACCUUCCACGCUUGACAAUCAUUAUCAGAAGCAAUCGGUUAAUGACAAUAAUGCAUCCAAUCAUGGACAAAUAUUCAUGCAAAUGCAGCAACAAAAGCAAGCGACAAUUGCGCAAAAUGCUAGUGUGCCACUGAAUCAGACCGCAGGUAAUUGCCAAAAUGUCUAUCACACUCAGUUUCUAGCUCCAUUCCAACAGAAUCCACACCAGAUCAGUCAGCAAAAGCAGCACAAUGCAUAUAGUCAACAAAUGUUGCCACAAGCGGUCAAUCAAGCGCAGUCAAUAUUCAAUCAGCAGCAGCAUGUACACAAUAAUUCGCAAACGCAGUGCAGUCAUUACAAUCAACAGUCGCCUGUCACGCAAGUCGCUGGACAGGGAAUGACCUCUCCGCAAGACAUGACAGUGAAUCAAAUGAGAUUAAUGCAUUAUAAUUUACCUAUUAAUCGACAGAAUCUCGGGUACCCUGGUAACUUUCAACGUAUGUGGUCACAAAACGAGAAAUGGAUGCCAACAGUGAAUCAAAGUCAGCAACAUUUGCAUCAGCAGCAUCAGCCACAGUGGCAGCAUUAUUAUCAAGCGCGCGAUGGAAAUUUCAUCCAGCAAAAUUUUGGGAGCCAAAGUCAAUAUAAUCCGUCACAGAAUCAGGCUAAUAAUAAACCUACUGGUCAUUCGGUCACAGAAGUCGGUCACGUUCAACAAAAAAAGAGGAAGACGCUGCAGUUUACACCUGAUAUGAUUCGCGAUCAGGAGUUGCUGGUUUCUACUAUGAGGCAGCAGGGUGUACCUGAGGAGGUGAUGCUCCGUCAAUUCGACGCGUUACUGAACGAGCAAAAAAGGCAUCUAGCUUACGUCGCGCAGUUCCAACAAGAAGCAGAUAUUCCGGAGGAGGUCAAGAGGACUCGUCUCGAGCGUAGACGAACAAAGAAAAACGAGAAACCGGAAUGGAUGGUGCACAUUACACCACCGCAGAUAUCAUAUAGCGAUAUUGAAAGAAUGAAGAGACAGCAGAGAGCUUCGAGCGAGCAAUAUCUAAUGAACGAUAAAUCGCCGGAAAAAAUAAAUAAAAUGGCUGAUCAACAAAAGAGUUAUCAUUCACAAAAGGAGGAAAUAUGCAAUCAAGUUUUGCCUCAGCAAAUGUACGUUCAGGUGAAUCCUUGUCAGCAACAAUGGCAAGCAAACAACUGGCCAUAUAAAAAUAACCAUCAAACACCAUGCGAUCAUAUCGGCUGUUACUCGUAUAAUCAUCAGCAAAAUGCAUUAAACAACAUGUAUCGUCCUCCAAAUCCAAUUUAUAAGUAUGCGCAAUAUCCAUACAAUAUGCGUUAUAAUUCGUAUUUUCCGCAUUCCGAGCCGCAAGAAGUUUGCCCCAAGCAACAAAGUCAAAUUUCAUUGAAUCAGACUGACAAUCAAAAAGCACCGAUGGAUCCCACAUACUUUUACCAGCAAAACGUAAAGCCAAUCGAGAUUUCUAGUUUGCUAAAGAUGCGAGUAUACAAGGAAAUAAUUUGUCCACAAAAGCGCAAUAACGGUCUCCAAGAUCCAGACAGCAUUCAGAAGAUGCUGGCGGCACUGAAAGAUCCAUCGAGUAGAAAGGGUCUCGAGUACCUUGCUAAUUUGGCCAAGAAAAAGCCUAUUGUCAAGCUGAACGGUACUCAGGAUUCUAAUGAGAUUCCGGAAAACAUGCAACUGCGACCAUCUACAGAAACCCUCACGCAAUCUCAGAAAAGAGUCUCGUUAAACGGUUUGAUGAACAACAGAAAUCCGAACAAUCCGCCAGCGCGUAUCCUGCAACCUAAAAGGGCCAACGAACCAUUAAUGUCGGAGUAUCCGCGCCAAAAGCAGAAUGUGAGAAAUUGUUACAACAUUCAGGCUGAAAAGGAAAACGGCAUGGUAGCAACUUUGCAAAACCAAGAUGCGUUUUCCCACGCGCGAAAUGAACUAAUUCCUUACGAUCGACAGAACAUGUCUGUAGUGGAAGGAUACCAUGGCAACAAUAAUAUGAUCCCCCAAUACGGAGGAAAUGCGCCACCUUGCAAUUAUUAUCAGAUGCAGCAAUACUAUCUCAACGGACAGAACCUGCCGGGUCACAAUGGGGGCCAGGGCGAUGUCGCGUGCAUGCGACGGUCUGCUGCACCGGGCGCGACGAGAAUCGAUCGCCCCGGCGGUGAUACCGGCGAGAAAUCGAACGCCGAAGAGGCAACGAAAUGCAUAAGUGGUGUACAAGCGAUGCGGGGAAUGAAUGCUUACAGCCAACCGGAAAUCCACGAGACAAGGACCAUCGGAGGUAUCACGUACCUCGCCAGGAAACCCGAAUGCACCCUCAACAAUCUCGUCGGUUCACCGAACAAAUUAAUCGCGAGCAAACACGUGCAAACUCCGAGAAUAUGUUAGAGAACAUAUCAAUUAUUUCAAUUAAACUCGUUUUGCGUAAUCGAAUCUCCAAUAUCCUGCGUGAAAAAUGUAUAAGAAAAGACGACUGCUUCAAUUCAUCGAUUAACCAAUCACAUUAUGCGCAAACACAGCUUUUACAAAACAAAGUUGCUUCUGCGCAUAACGCGAUAAAUUAAAAAAAUUUGCUUAUAAUUAUGUGUCUUCGUUAAAAUGUAUGUGUAUGGCAGUGUUUUUUUUUUAAAUUAAUCUUCUUAUAUUUAUAUUUUUAUUUUGUGUAAAAAGUGUGUUGUUUUAUAUAUUUGAUUAUAUUGUUAAAUUUAGCUAAAUUAAAUAAUAGACGCGCAAAAUCACUCGAUAAAAUCUGACGCAAAAGUUAAAUGCAUAAUCAAUCUGAUAUGAUCUAUAUAUUUAAAUCAGGAAAGUAAUGUUAUUUAUGUGUGAAUAUGACAAAUUUGUUAUAUGAUGAAAAACCGUUUUUCUUAUAUACGUCGAUGUGCAAAUGUAUGUUGUAACAUCAAAGUUUUAUUUAAACUUUUAUUUUAUUUGAUACAAUAUGUAUUUUUACGAGAUUUUUAUUUUAUUUCUUUUUUAUAUUGUAUGCUUUAAACAUGGAAACCAUCGAAAAUUGUACUUUUUGAAAGUAUAAACAAAUUUCUAAAAAUAUCAAAUCUUUUUAAUU